AGAAAGCUGCUGUUGAACAGACACUAUAUAGAGCAGAGGGGAGGGAAAGUAACAGAUGGACUUGUGAGGAUUAGAGAAAUCUGGGUGUGUUUCCAAUGAAAACUCACCCAAGACGGAGAAGGGAGUGAUGAGUGUGCGCAGAGGAAAAGGUGAAGGAAAACCUAAUUCCUGUUCGAGGAAAGGUGAAGGAAACACAAAGCGUCUCAAACAAGGUGGUCGUGCAGACAAAAAAAGCAUAAGAGCCAAUUUGCAAUAAUCUCAUCCACCUAACCCUGCAAGAUUACCCCAGAUUACCAGGCUCAGAAGUAGGCCUCAGACACCGGACUAAUAACCUUGGGAGCUAGAUCCCUCCUGGAAAGAUGGAGGAGCAGGUCAAAGAACAUAUCUGAGACGUGAUGGCAGUGGAAACAUGGGGUAGAGUCGCAGCUCGUUGAGAAGAAAUGUGUGGAGUCAAACGUGUAGCCUGGCUUGUGCCGUAACAUCAAGAAGAAAGGAACUUAAAUCUGAUGAACUACUUUGCAGAAACGGGAAGAGGAAGAGAGUUGGAGUUCUUCCUGCAACCUCUUGCCUUCACAUCUGUCUCUUUCUUACUCGCUGGCGGGGAUUAAGACCCAGCACUUCAUCUUCCUCUACUCCAGUGUCCUCUGACCUCCGCUCAUCGACUGUUCUUCUUCCUCAAGCCCCGCCCUCCCUCCAUCGCUCCACCUCUGACCUUUGUUCCACUUUAAUCCCCUCUCCUCGCUUCCUCUCUCUUUUCUCCAUUUCAUCCUCCAUGAAUCCAUCUGAGUCGCCACCCGCUACUCUCAUCCUCAUCCUCCUCCUGAUUGGUCAACAAGACCUGCCGGCCAUUUUUGAACCAGGACCAACCCCCUCAAAGUGAAGCACAAUCCCACUCCCUGGUCCCAACUCAUUUCUCUCUGUGCUCCUUCGAGUCCAGAAGCAACAAUGCUGGAGAACAUGUCCCGACGUAACCGCUCCCUGCUGUCACUUACCCUCACCUCAUUGGCCCUCACCCUGUCCGUCUGGGCUUUCUGCACCUCCUAUUGGUGCGAGGGAACACACAAGGUGGUGAAGCCUCUCUGCCUGUCACCUGUCAAGUUGAAGAACUGCGGGCAGAACAACAGCCAGCCGUACACCACAGAGAUGCCCACCCCGGACCCGAGGCAACCUCCCACCAACGUGACGCUCUCUCCGCUGCAGAAGGAGGAGCUGGCCAGGACAAAGAGAAAGCAGCUGGCCAACGCCGUCCACUACAUCUGGGAGACGGGCGAGGAUAAGUACAUGCUGCGCUACUUCCACACCGGCUUCUGGCUCUCCUGUGAGAAGCACAAUGAAGGUAAGGAUCAGGAAGAAAAGUGUCGCAGCUUCAUUGAGCUGACGCCAGGAGAAACACAAGGUGUCCUCUGGCUUUCAGUCAUCAGUGAGUUUAUGUACAUCAGUCUUCUGGCUUUAGGCUUCCUGCUCAUGUGUGUUGAAGUGAUUUGCCUCUGUGCCAAGAGGGAGAUGAACGCACUCAAGAUCAACGCCUACGCCGCCAUGUGCACCGUCCUCUCAGGUUUGAUGGGGAUGGUAGCACACAUGAUGUACACCACAGUGUUUCAGAUGACCGUGAGCAUUGGGCCCAAAGACUGGAGGCCACAGACCUGGGACUACGGAUGGUCUUUUGCCAUGGCGUGGCUGUCCUUCAGCUGCUGCAUGGCGGCCGCCGUGGCCACGCUCAACUCCUACACCAAGACCCUCAUUGAGAUGAAGCACCGCGCCCGGCUGAGGCUGGAGGAGUUGCGCGCCGCUUCCUGCGCCCCCUCCUACGAGGAGGUCGUUCGGGCCGGCAGUGGAGGCGUUUACUCAGUCAGUCAGCUGAUUCAGCUCGGCCAGCAGGGGGCGCUCAUGGACCCUCUGUGGCACCGAGGAAUGGGACAAGCGGUCGGCCCUCUGGCGUGCGGUACUGGGGGAUCGCUACUUAUUGGUGGAGGGGGAAUCGGAGUUGGAGGAAUGGGAGCUGUUGGGAUGGGAAUGGGAGGAGUUGGAGUGGGAGGGAAUGUUGAUGGAAUGGGAGGACUGGGAAUGGGAGCAGUAGGAGGAGUUGGGGGAAUGGGGGUAGGACUGGGAGCAGUAGGAGGAGUUGGGGGAAUGGGGGUAGGAAUGGGAGCAGUAGGAGGAGUUGGGGGAAUGGGGGUUGGAGUAGUUGGUUUGGGGGGAAAUGGAGUUGGAAUGGGAGCGGUAGGAGGAGUUAGGGGGAAGGGUUUGGAAACGAUGGGGGGAGCGGGAGGAUGUGGAAUGGGAGGUGGGCGGCUGGUGGACCCUCAUGGUAUGGUGGUGGUGGAGGGAUGUGGCGCUGAAGGAUGCGAAGACUGUGAACGGGAGAUGGACGAGAUAGAUUACGCUCUGCAGGAGGAGAGAGAGGACUCACUCUGCUAAGACUUUAGGGGGACAAGGACUGUGACAAUAUCUGAUCGGGAUUGGCUCCGCACAUUGUGAAGGAAACUGCAUUCCGAGAUUACAAGAUUUGAACAAAUACCUCCAGAAAUAGUCUUUUUUUUAUAUAUGUGCAGUUUUAAAUGAUAAUAACAGCAUUUUUAGACACACAUUGGUCAUUUCAAUCUGGAAUUCGAUUUUGGGACAAAAAAGACAUGCGCACAGACUCACAGCUCCAAUGGACUGUUGGUUCAUC